GACGUGGGUUAGGGGCGGGGCCUGCGCGCAGGUGAACGCCGCACAGGUGUGAGGUGGGGAAAUGUGCGUCCUGAAAAACAAGUGUCGGUGCUGAGCGCCGUUACUCUUGUGCUGAGGGCUCUUCUCCUCUCUCCUCCGGUAUGGCCCCCGGCUGUUUGGGGAGGUGCCCAGCGUUGUUCUUCCUCGCUGUUGUGUUUGAUGCAGCUGGUCUGGUUGUGCUCCUGGUCGGAAUUUUCGGCAAUCUGAACUUGCACGGUCGCUUCUAUGGAGAUUUCCUUAUCUUCACGGGCUCGGUCAUUAUUUUCCUCAGUCUGGUGUGGUGGAGUCUGUGGUACACUGGGAACGUUCCGCUGUACGCGGAGGACAGACCAGGCUCUUUGGACAUCAACUUUACGCACUGGGCCAGGAAGCUAUCCGAGAGGCUCUCCAAAAGCGGCAUGAAGCCUCUGGAAGCCGGGGUGGAGAAGAAGAAGAGCAUGGAGAACGAGAAGGAGAUGAACGGGACCGUGCGCGCUUCUGCGCCGGCUCGGAUUACUUGGGAAGACUACAGCCGCAGUGGUGCCGUGUCAGGCCACGACAACGGAGGCUUUGAUGGAGGGACCGAGUGCGCAUCUCCAGCUGACAAAAACGUGGAGUUGGGGGUGCUGAGGAGCUCAGACGUGACUCUGCAGGCAGCGAAUAACAAAGCAGAGAGGCUUCUCUGACAGGAGCUGGUGAUGUCCGGCAUUCCUGGUUCUGUAACAUUGACGUCCUCGUCGUGCUGCUUUCCAACAGACUGAAAAUGAACAUUGAGCUUGAGAACUAAAGUCACUUUUUUCUUUUUUUUUUUAAAUGGGGAAGACAGUUUCUUAAUCAGGGAAAAGUCCUGCAUCCAAUACUUGGCUGAAGGGCUAUGCACAGGGGAAGAAAAAGUCUUUAUCAUGUACAUAGCAAAAUUUUAUUUUUUUGUCUUAUUUUGUGUCAGAUGUAAAUUAUUUUUGUUGGGAAUAAAGUUUACAUGUAAUUGGA